AUGGGGGACCAGCUUAGACAGUGGUUCAACAGCAUUGACGUGGACGGCAGCGGCCACCUCGAUGCAAGGGAGCUGCAGCGGGCUCUGGCCCUGGGGAACCUGAACUUUGACCUCACAGAUGUCGACGGCAUGGUGCGCGCCUUUGACCAGAACAGCACGCGGAACCUGGGCUACGACGAGUUCCAGCGGCUGCACAACUUCCUUGUCAACGUCCAGAACAGCUUCCAGGCCUUUGAUCGGGACCGCAGCGGGCGCCUGUCCACGGAUGAGGUCAAUGCGGCGCUGCGCCAGGCGGGGUUCAACCUGGACCCGCCAGCGGUGGCGGCGCUCAUCGACAGGUAUGACCCCGACAACAACAAGCAGCUCUCCCUGGACGAGUACAUCCGUGCCUGCCUCUUCCUGCAGACAGGGACCCGCACGUUUGCUGCGUUUGACCCACAUCGGACAGGUGUGCAGCGCAGCCUCGUUCGCGGCCUGCUGACUGAGCUGGCGCACCAUGUCAAUCUCAUGGAGCAGCACCUGGUCAAUGAGAAGAACGCGCGCCUCCACGCCGAGGCCAUGCUGGACGCGGAGCGCCACGGAUCCUCCGGCGAGGCCGCGCAGCUGCAGCAGGAUCUGCGGGCCCGACAGGGCGAGGUGGACCACCUGCGGACGCAGCUGGCUGCGCUGGAGCACGACCUAGAGGAUGCGCGCCACAGGCUGGAGGACUCUGAGGAGCAGUGA